AACAGAUGUAUUGACCGAUACUCCCUUGGGUGCCUUUGUCGAGCACGUACUCCUACGUGCGGUGCCGCGCAAAAGGCAGGGCCAUAUUAUCUGAAGGCCAAACUUGGUGUUUGCAGUUCAUCGGUAGCGGCCAUGUCGACCGCCCUUGACACGCCAUCGCCUUCCACUGUUACGAAGUCUCGCAGACCUUUCUACCGUAUGAUCGACGGUGUCCCAAAAUGUGCCUGGUUGGACCCGGACAUUUAUCGAGAGAACAGCACCUUCCGCGCUGCAAAGGGCGACGUGGUACAGAGUUCAUUCCCAAAGAGUGGAGCGCACUGGGUACAGUACGUCACGCAGCUCAUCCUGAAAGGUGGCGAACCGGUGAAUUCCUACGACGAGUUUGCAUGCAACGGCCAUUUUUUGGAGUACGUGAGGCACGACGGAUGGAAACCAGCAUUACCAAUGAGACUGUUUUACACGCACCAAAUGUUGAAGCCGAACACCUUGAGUGAAGAUGCGAAGUACGUGUACGUUGCACGAAAUCCGUGGGACGUCUGCGUGUCUCUGUAUCACGCAAUGACGGAACUAAGCGUGUGGCGCUUUCAAGACGCAACCUUCGACGAGCUUUUUGACGCUUUCCUCGAAACGGACUUCGGUUACGGGAGCUACUUCGAGCAUGUGGCUUCGGGUUAUGCACUGAAAGAUAAACCGAACGUUUUUUUCCUAACAUACGAGGAACUUAAGAGGGACACUCGUGGUAUGGUUUUGAGGCUGGCGCAUUUUCUCGGCGAUCAGCACGGAAAAUUUCUAGAUGAGAACGAAGUGCAGCUGAACAAAAUAGUGGAGUUGUCCAAGCCCGAACACACGCGGAAAGUUAUUCUCGUUGAUCUUCAGGCAAGUCAUUCGCCGGAAAUUGAAAAUCUUAUCCGCAGGAACCAACUUUCAUGCAAAACAGGAUAUGAUGGAGACACAAGAAAGUACAGCCUCGUCAGAGAAGGAAAAGUUGGGGGAUGGAUAAAGCACUUCUCACCACAGCAGCUGGCACGUUUAGAGAAGAAGAUACAGGAGGAACAGGAGGUAUCUUCUUUCAUGGAGCUGUGGAAAGACAUUCGUGCUGCAGCACUGGAAAUAUCUUCGCCUAUACGUUCAUAAAGACAUGCUGAAGUGGGAUGCCCUGUCCUUUUUGCCAUAAUGCAUGAUCUCAAUUAUCUUUUGAGCACUAUUACCAUGGCCUAGUAGCGCUGCUGCUUGUUUAGGGAACGUAAAAAUGUACCGCGAAAAAAAGGACCUAUUUUGUAGUUUUGGAGCUUCGAAAUACGAUGUUCUGCUCCCAGAGUGGUGUCUUAUAAUAAAAGUAAUUU